CGGCUCCGGCGCUGUCGCCAUCCGCGCCCUCCCCUGCGCGGGGCUCCGGCCACGCUGCUGCUGUCGCUGCCUCCGGCCGAGCGGGGGGAGGCGGCGGCUCCGGCUCCCGCUCCGGCUCCCGCUCCCGUCCGCAUCGCCGUCCGCGGGGCGGCUCGACUGGAGGCCAAGAACAGAGUGCAGCACUGGCUGUAGGUACCUUAACAUGGGGAACCUUCUAAAAGUUUUGACAUGCACAGACCUUGAGCAGGGGCCAAAUUUUUUCCUUGAUUUUGAAAAUGCCCAACCUACAGAAUCUGAAAAGGAAAUUUAUAAUCAGGUGAAUGUAGUGUUAAAGGAUGCAGAAGGAAUACUGGAAGACUUGCAGUCAUAUAGAGGAGCUGGCCAUGAAAUACGAGAGGCAAUACAGCAUCCCAGUGAUGAGAAGCUGCAAGAGAAGGCAUGGGGUGCAGUUGUUCCACUAGUAGGCAAACUAAAGAAAUUCUAUGAAUUUUCUCAAAGACUAGAGGCAGGAUUGCGAGGUCUGUUGGGAGCCCUGACAAGCACUCCAUAUUCACCAACGCAACACCUGGAGCGAGAGCAGGCUCUUGCUAAGCAGUUUGCAGAAAUUCUUCACUUCACACUCCGAUUUGAUGAGCUCAAGAUGACAAAUCCUGCUAUACAGAAUGACUUCAGCUACUAUAGAAGAACUCUGAGCCGUAUGAGGAUUAACAAUGUCCCAGCAGAGGGAGAAAAUGAAGUAAAUAAUGAGUUGGCAAACAGAAUGUCUUUAUUUUACGCUGAAGCAACACCUAUGUUGAAAACCUUAAGUGAUGCUACAACAAAGUUUGUGUCAGAGAAUAAAAAUUUACCGAUAGAGAAUACUACAGAUUGCUUAAGCACCAUGGCUAGUGUGUGCAGGGUCAUGCUGGAAACCCCUGAAUAUAGAAGCAGGUUUACAAAUGAGGAAACAGUAUCGUUCUGUCUGAGGGUAAUGGUGGGUGUCAUCAUACUCUAUGACCACGUGCAUCCGGUGGGCGCUUUUGCCAAAACUUCAAAAAUUGAUAUGAAAGGAUGCAUCAAAGUUCUUAAAGACCAGCCUCCUAACAGUGUAGAAGGCCUUCUAAAUGCUCUCAGGUACACAACAAAGCAUUUGAAUGAUGAGACUACCUCCAAGCAAAUUAAAUCCAUGUUGCAAUAACAAUUACCUGGAAUUCGCACCUGCUGUAGACAGACAGUAUUCUGCAAUGACUGAGAUGCACAGAUACUUUUUUUUUUAGUGAUUGCAACUACUAUCUCGUUCAUUCUUGCUUUUUAUUUUCUGUCUUCCUGUUUACCCUUUUUUAAUCACUUUCUUGUUCUUAAGUAAGCUCAGACUUCUUUUCUGUGCCAAAUCAAUGAAAAUUAUCAAUUCUGGAAAGUAUUUCUACUUUUCAGAAUAGCCAUCCUAAGUGGCAGCUAAUUAUGCGUUGCAUUUGGAUUUCUCUGUACUGGGGAAAGAUUUGUGACUUGAACUAAAUAUUUUUAAACUUGUGGUUUUUUUCUUUUUUUGAAAAACUAAUAUUUAAUAUUGCUUCUUCUGCAUGGCAAGACUGCCUACUUCUGCUAUUUAAAAAUCCCUUGAUGACUUCAUUUUCUAUUGCAGCUUAUUUUCAUGUGCAACCAUGAGGAAACUAAAAGCAGAUUUGUUUAAAUUAACUGUGUACAAAAUGGUACCCAACACAAAGGUUUUUUUAAAUGAGUAAAAACUGUUUUGUUUAAAAGUUACGUUUGCAUUUUGACUCAUUUUUGUAAGGAUGUAUGUUGUAUGUUUAACCUUUAAUAACUAACGUUAAACUGUGGUGUGUGCGUAGCAAAAUUACGUAUGCAUGUUCAUGUCAAAUGAUUGGCUGUGGAUAAGAUAAUAAAAUCAGCUUUCAUUUUUCUAA